UCCCUCCCUCCGCCCCGUCCCCGCCCGCCGCGGCAGCCCCGAGCGGGAGGCGGCGGAGGGAGGCGGGAGCCAUGCGGGAGUACAAGGUGGUGGUGCUGGGCUCGGGCGGCGUGGGCAAGUCCGCCCUUACCGUACAGUUCGUGACCGGUUCCUUCAUCGAGAAGUAUGACCCCACCAUCGAGGACUUCUACCGCAAGGAGAUCGAGGUGGACUCGUCCCCGUCCGUGCUGGAGAUCCUGGACACGGCGGGCACCGAGCAGUUCGCCUCCAUGCGGGACCUCUACAUCAAGAACGGGCAGGGCUUCAUCCUGGUGUACAGCCUGGUGAACCAGCAGAGCUUCCAGGACAUCAAGCCCAUGCGGGACCAGAUCAUCCGCGUCAAGAGGUACGAGCGGGUGCCCAUGAUCCUGGUGGGCAACAAGGUGGACCUGGAGGGCGAGCGCGAGGUCUCCUUCGGGGAGGGCAAGGCGCUGGCCGAGGAGUGGAGCUGCCCCUUCAUGGAGACCUCGGCCAAAAACAAAGCCUCUGUGGACGAGCUGUUCGCCGAGAUCGUCAGGCAGAUGAACUACGCGGCGCAGCCCAACGGGGACGAGCCGUGCUGCGCCUCCUGCGCCAUCCUCUGAGGGCGGCGGCGGCCCCGCGUCCCGGCGGACCCGCUCCGGGAGGAAACAUCGGGAACAAAAUUCAUCGUGUUGGAAAUGUGGCUUUUCUCGGCAUGUACGUUUCGUCCAGUCUCGGUCAUGGCAUAUUUCCUGUCAGUGUCGGCGGCGGGCGCGGGAGCGGCCGGUCCCGCCACCGGGGAGCGGAGCCACGCGGGGAACCCGCCCCGGAUCGGCCGCGGGGAGCCGGGCGGGGAGCGGGGCCCGCAGCCCGGCCAGCCCCGGGACAGCGGGGACCCGCACCCCCGGGACAGCGGGGACCCGCACACCCCCGGGACAGCGGGCACCCGCACCCCCGGGACAGCGGGGACCCGCGCACCCCCGGGACAGCGGGGACCCGCGCACCCCCGGGACAGCGGGGACCCGCACCCCCGGGACAGCGGGACCCGCACCCCCGGGACAGCGGGGACCCGCGCACCCCCGGGACAGCGGGGACCCGCGCACCCCCGGGACAGCGGGGACCCGCGCACCCCCGGGACAGCGGGGACCCGCGCACCCCCGGGACAGCGGGGACCCGCGCACCCCCGGGACAGCGGGGACCCGCACCCCCGGGACAGCGGGGCCCGUCCCGGCGCCGCUGCCGCGGUCUCUAUGCAAGCGGGAGCGGUGCGGGGCCGUCCCGCCCGGAGAGUUGCACAUGGAACUGGGACUGUGACCCGAUCGGUGCUGCCAGGCACGGGGCGCCGGGCAGCGCCGCCGAUAUCCCUGGAAUAAUGCUCUAUUUUGUUUACCUGCUGUAUCGGAUGGGAGUUUGCAGGAGAGUGGUAGCGUGGUGGUUUUUCUCCUGGUUUUUUGGGUUUGUUUUUUUUUUUUUUUAAUCAGCUGUGAAAAUGUUACAAAUCUGCACAAUUGUUUAGGUGUGCGUGUGUGUGUGAUUUCGUUGUGGUUUUGGUUUUUCCUUUAGUGGGGGGGAGGGCGGUGGUGCUUUUUUUGCCGAGGGGUUUUGGAUUUGGGUUGGCAAUACCUGAUUUUGAUGACUAGCUCUCUCAAGUGCAAAGACUUCCCAAGAGUGAUGCAGGGCCAACAGCAGCCCUGUGUCUGUAGAGUGCCUUCAAAACUCAGCUGUUCCAGCCGGUGCCAACCUGUGAAAGCUCCACAGAAUCCCAUUAUCUACUACUCCAAAAACUACUUAACAGUUUCCUUGCAGUAAUCACACCGAGCAAGCCAGGACAAAAGGGCCUAUUGUUAGUGGAAUUUAUUUCUUAUUUCCAUCUGAGCCUUUUAACUGUUAUUUCCAUGUCUUGCAAGUUUGGGCUUCAUUUACUUCAAAUUUACAAGAAUUUAGCCUUUUGGGAUUUUUGGGUGGAGGGGCUUUUUUUAUUUUUUUGGUUCUAUUUCCCUUUGAUUUUGUUGUGGGAUGUGCCUCCAGCCAGCAAAGAAGGAACUCUUAUCGUUGUGAUGUACCAAGAAAAUUCUAACAACUGUCAUUUUAACUGCAGACAUGCGUUGAAGAGAUGUCUAUCCAUUUGAAGAAUUUUAAUACAAAUGCUGUUUUUUAGAAAACAA